AUGGGUCAGCUCAUGUCAGGCAUAACAUUGACAGGAAGUUUUCUGGGAGGCCUACCGUCAAACCUGGGCCACGUCUUCUCCACUCGCAUUAACUCGCUGCUGGUUUCCCGCUGGAGAGCACAGACUGCACCUGCUCCCGAAGUCCAGCGGGGCCCGGCCUCAUCCCGGCGCUCAGCCUCGGCUGCUCGUGCACGGACUCGAGGACCCACCAGGGGUCACUGCAGCCUCAGAGCUAUUGUGCCCGCCAGUCCCGGACACGGCCCGCCGUGCGGAGGGCGUGGGACUCGGAGCGCCGAACGCCAGGGUCCGAGCAGAACUGCGCCCGGCCUUCCUAGAGCCAACCUCCGGUCUCCCCGGGAAACAGCCACAGCAAUCAGGAUCAGGGCUCCGAGAAGCAGGGCGGCCCGGAUGCUGCGCGUCGGUUUCCGUGCGGACCUGCCCUCACCUCGCCACGCCGCCCGGAAGGGGCGCCCCUUCCCGGCCGCUGGGCCCCCGGUCCGCUCCAGGGCUCUCCGCAGACACCCGGUCCCGGCCCAGCUGCACCUGGGCUGCUCCCGCCCAGGGCGCCACCCCUCGCGCAGCGAAGAGAACUUUCCCGGGAGCCGCCGCGGCCUGCGCGCCCAGGGCACACCCCCGCCAGCCCGCCGGCGCUUUCCCAGCCUGGGCGCCCGCUUCCCCGACCGCCGGCGCGCCCGCGAGCCCUCUGACUCCCCACUUCUCUGGAAAUCCCGGAAGAGCGGCACUCCGCCGCCACAGCAAGACGUUCUCGCAGGACCGGCUUCAACUUGGCCACACACAACCCCCCGUGAUGAGUUCCGCGGUCCCCGGACGGGAGCCGCGUCCCGCCACGAGCUGACUUGCACUCGCCGGUCUUCUUGGACUGCGGGAGGGGCCGCGGCGCCCCCGCCUUCGGAGGAGCCGGAGCCGCAGGAUGCGCGGGGACGCGCCGCCGCCCUCAGCGCUCAGUUCCGCCGGCGCUUCCCCGGCGGCUCCCGGGCGCUGACUCCCGGGCUUCUCCGCCCUUCUUGCCUCCAGCCUGCGCCGGGCGGCUCGUCCUCGCGGCCCUGGACCUCGCCGGGCACCGGUCCCCUCGCCCUGGCCACGGCGCGGACAAUACAUUAAUGCCUCGCGCUUGAG